AUCAUGAUCAUUUAGAUGCUCUGUUAUUUUUCUACAGUGAGACCUAAACCAGUGGCAUCCAUAAAUCCUUAUAAUCAGGUGAUCAGUGGAGACACCGUCACUCUGAGCUGUGACAUACAGGAUGAAAGUGUCUCUAGCUGGCAGUACAGCUGGUAUAAAGAUACUUCACACAGUCCUGUCAGUAGUGAACAGGUGUACAGUAUCAGUGGUGUUGAAGUGACCCACACAGGUACAUACACCUGUAGAGGAACAGAGAGAGGAGGCUCACGCUCCUCACACUCCAGUGAUGUUAUUACACUGACUGUAUCAGAGAGACCACAGGCAGUACUGAGUGUAUCUCCACACAGCUGGCUGACUGAAGGAGACUCAGUGACUCUAAGCUGUAAGGUUACAGACUCCUCUACAGACUGGACAUUCAGCUGGUACACAGUUGUUCCCUACAGAGACGGAUUAACUGGAAUAAAUAAUAAUCGUGGCUAUAUUGUGUAUGUGGAGCUCCUCUCAGACAGCAGCAGAGGAUCUGGAGGCAAAUACACUCUCAGUCCUGCUGCUCUUAAUCACACAGGAGUUUAUAUGUGCAGAGGAGAGAGAGGAGAACCAGCCCUUCACACACAGUACAGCAAUCUACAGCCACUAUGGAUCACUGGUGAAUCUCCUCCAGUCUCUCUGAUCAGCAAUCCCAGCAGAACUCAACACUUUACUAAUGACUCUCUCUCACUGAGCUGUGAGGACCAGAGUAAGUCUACUGGAACGACAGUGAGACGAUACACACACAGUGAGAGAGUGUUAGAUUGUUCACACUGGGGAUCAGUUACAGGAUCUACAUGUAACAUCAGCUUCCUCUCCACAUCCUACACUGGAGUUUACUGGUGUGAGUCUGAAUCUGGAGAAAUCAGUAAUCCUGUCAACAUCACAGUGCAUGAUGGUGAUGUGAUCCUGGAGAGUCCUGUCCAUCCUGUGACUGAGGGACAUCCUCUGACUCUACGCUGUUUAUAUCACAACCCAAAUCCCUCAAACCUCCGAGCUGAUUUCUAUAAAGAUGGAUCAGUUCUCCAGAACCAGACUACAGGAGAGAUGAUCAUCCAAACUGUCUCAAAGUCAGAUGAAGGUUUCUACCACUGUGAACACCCAGAGAGAGGAGAGUCACUGAAAAGCUGGGUCUCAGUCAGACGUGAGAAAUUAUUAAAAUAUUCAUUUAUAUACCACUUAAUGUGUUAA